AGUACCAUUUCCAGAUCUUAAUUAACGAGCAGCUCAGUGUUGCUGAGCGGAUCAUUGGUGAUGUAUCCUAUUAAGUGACGGGUCACGACUCACGAGUGUGAUUAAAGCAAUUAGGCCCAGAACCCAAAUAAAAUCACAGUUUAGGCGAGACGUUAUAAUGCGAGAUUAUAUACACAGAAACCUGACGGAAGGUGAUUAUUGAGAACGCUUCAAUAAUCGGCAUUGCCUCGAACUGGUAAAUUUUCCAUAUUAUUUAGGCCUGCCAUAUUUCUAGUUGCGCUAGUCAAACUGUUUACGUGUUUCUCAUCUGUUCUGAAAUUUGACAUUGCUGUUUUUCUACGUUGACAUUGUUGAUAUACGGUAGCAGAUAAGAGACUACGAUAAAACCAAGGUCUGCAAAACCAUUUUCAAUAUUCGUUUCAAGUGUGAUCAAUUUAACAGACGUAAUGACGCUUUAUUCACCGAUUACAAGUGUUGUAACACCAGUCUAUCUAAUCGUCAACUUGUCUUUCUUGCUGAGUAUUUGUGUGAAAAGAGAACCCUUGAAAUAACUUCAUUUUUGCUUUUGUAGCCAUGUCCAGCAAAUGCUAAUCUUCGUGCCCUCAAAGUUUCGUGAUACAGGUCCUUUAUUUGUAACAGGUUACUGUAGUAAGCCAUGUCCAAAAUACUGAGGCAUAGGGAAUUGAUUAAACUCAUAAAGGAGGUUAUUUUGCAUAAUUAAGGCGGUUACUUUGCUGAUAGAGCACCAUUUAUACGCAGAAUACAAAACACCACGGUAUUGGACAUUUAAUUACAAAUUUAUUUCAAAACACAACUAACAGCAAAAUGAUUCGCUACAGAAGGACAGUUCAAAUUCAAGAGACGUCAUUAUAUCUUGCUCACAUAUAAUGCGCAAGCGCACCUCAACCUUUCGUGACAAUGCUAUACUUUCUUGAUGAAAUAGACACGAAGAUGUACACCACCACUUGGAAUUACAUUGUAACAUUUAUUUUGCAUUGAUUUAGAGACUAAACCUACUUAGUGCCACGUCCGUGUUCCAAAUUUCAGAUAAUCGGAUAUUUAUACUGACUAAAUCAGUUCGGGGAAAAAACCUGUCAAUAUAAUGCAACCGGUUCGUUAUAAGAAGACAGUAAUGAGGCAUAACUAACGGUUCCUUCGAUAGUAUAGACGACAGAGUGGAUAUAAUAAAUCUACCAUUAGUACAACGUAGCCGGUGAAAGAAGAGCAGGACAGUGUUUGUACGCGCCUGUAUCCAUAUUAUCGGCUUGGACGUAAGCCAUAUAAAAUAUCUUUUCUAGUCAACCAGCAAAUAUAAGUAAUAUUUGCAGAAUACAGUACCUCGUUAUACAGUGGACGACAAGUUUAACCAGCGAUAUGUAUACGCAGGAUGGUAAUGGCUCCCUACUUAACGUUGGUACUCCAACAGCAGGUUCUCCAACUGGAAAUGUUACUGACUUCACACAGAAUGCAGAGGGUUCAAAUUUAGCGUUUACGGUGCCGUGGGCAAUUGUCAUUUCGAUCGUCCUGUUUUUUGUAUGUGCAGCGACGAUUUUUGGGAAUUCGCUGGUGAUAGUCAGUUUUUUGAGAGACAGCAGUAUCCGACAGAAAUAUGAUAAUUGGUUUAUUUUUAAUCUGUCUAUAGCAGACUUUUUUGUGGGGUGUAUAUCGCUACCCCUCAACUCAAUAUGGGUCGUAGUCGGUUACUGGCCAUUCGGCAAGGGUGCAUGUCAGUUUUUCCUUUUUACAGACUAUAUCGUAUGCUAUAUGUCCGUUGUAGCCAUGACUUGCAUUACGUUGGAUCGCUACUGGCUUGUUACCAUGGAAUUGAGAUAUUUCAGGUUUCAGAGUUUGGGACGAGUAAGCAUCAUGAUAGGGACCAGUUGGGCGAUUGUGGCAAUAUUUUACUCUAUAACAGUAUUCAAAUGGACAAUAUGGGUAGACGAGGGCUGGGUUGAUUACAGCCAGGAGUGCGAAUUAGAGGCAAUAGAUAGUGUAGUUUUCAACACAAUUUCGUUUGUUAUAGAGUUCAUCAUCCCAUUCAGUAUUAUUGUCGGCUGUAACCUGGUCAUUUAUAUCAACAUUCGCCGACGGUCAAGAGGUCAAGUCAGCAAUGCUCAAGUCGAAUAUACUUCGAAAAACGGCGUAAAACCUAGUAAUACUCGGUUACUGACGAAGCACAGACGUGCAGCAAAGAAUUUAACGAUUUUAGUUGCAGCAUUUCUUAUCUGCAGACUUCCUUUUUAUAUCGUUUCGAUCAUAUCAGCAAUAUGUGAUGAUUGUGUUGAAAAUACUAUUUGGGAGGUCGUGAAUUACAUACUAUGGUGCAACUCAACAAUUAAUCCAUUGAUCUAUGCAAUAACAAAACCGGUAUUCAAAUCAAAUUUCAAAAAGUUAUUAUGUUGUUGCUGUAAACGUUAUAACAUGCAUGUACCUAGCAUUCAGUCUUCAAAUCACCAAGAAUAGCCCACUCGGAAGAAAUUCCAGUUGGGUCCGUCUGGUGGUGAUUUUGGCAGUACACAUGGAGACAAUCUCCUGCU